AUGAAAAGACGAACAAUUCAUGAGAUGAUCGAUGGAGAAUAUUCAUAUACUACAAAAGAAUUUUUUCAUCGAUACGUUGAAGCGAUUCGAAAUCCGACGGGGUAUUUUGUGAGUUUGAUGAGGAGAAGUUUGGAUGGUGAAGAUUAUCGUGCUAUGAUUGGGGAACGUCGAUUGAUUCGAAUCAUUUUUAGUCGCGCUGGUGUUGAUUUACCCGAAAUUGUUGAGGAGUUUGGGGGGAAAGAGAAAUUGAUUGGGGAAAUCGGAAAAUCUGAGGUUUUACAUUGGUUCACCAAACAAGCUUUGAUAGCUAUUCUAAAUGCGAAUUUGAUGUUCUGA